AUGGAUUCGGCCGUCAUGUCUGGCUCUUGGCCGCCUGCUCUACCGGACUGGACGAACCUUGACGUCCUGCAUCGCAACACCCUGCCUCCCCGUGCGCAUUUCUACACGUACGGCAGUGAAGAUGCUGCCUUGUCGUUUGACCGUGAGAACAGUCUGUAUCACAGUCUGAAUGGGACAUGGAAGUUCCACUAUGACGCAUCGCCCCUCGACGCUCCCAUCUGGGAGACGGCCAAUGUCACGGACUGGGACGACAUUGAGGUCCCCGGCAUGUGGCAGCGCCAGGGCUACGGUCGGCCUCACUACACCAACCUCAACUACCCCUUUCCCGCGAACCCACCCAAUGUGUCAUACGUCAACCCCACGGGCUCCUACUGGCGUGAGUUCGAGGUGCCUGACGACUGGGCGGGCGAGCAGAUUCGUCUCCGCUACGAAGGCGUGGACAGCGCAUUCCACGUCUGGGUCAACGGAGAGGAAGUCGGCUAUAGCCAAGGCAGCCGCAAUCCGAGCGAGUUUGACAUUACCGAGUAUCUCAGCGAGGGCGAAGCCAAUACACUUGCCACACGAGUCUAUCAGUGGUCGGACGGGUCGUAUCUUGAGGAUCAGGACCAGUGGUGGCUUUCUGGUAUCUUUAGGGACGUCUACCUCAUCCCCUUUUCUGAAUCGGCCGUCACAGAUUAUCACGUCGAGCCUCAAGUCGAUGACUCGUUUGAGAGCGGCACGUUUCACGCCAACGUGACUGUGCAGGGCAAGUCUGGGGAAAUGACUGUCAAGCUCCUCUCUCCUGAAGGCGAUACCUUGGAUGAAUGGGUCGGCUCGUCGGAUGAGCACUACUCACACGAGGUGACUGGUGAUGAUUUCCUCCUUUACUCGGCUGAGACACCGCACCUGUACACGAUCUUGAUCACCUUCAACAGCAGAACCAUCAGCCAAAAGAUCGGGUUCCGACGGGUCGAAAUUGUCGGCAGCAACUUUCACGUCAACGGCCAGCCUAUCAUUCUAUACGGCGUCAACCGCCAUGAGCAUCAUCACCUUUCUGGCCGCACCAUUCCAUACGAGGCCAUGCGCGCCGAUCUCAUCAGGAUGAAGCAAUCGAACAUCAACGCUAUCCGCACCUCGCACCAGCCUCCGCACCCAGACUUCUUUGAUGUUGCCGACGAGCUCGGUUUCUACGUCAUUGCCGAGGCGGACCUGGAGUGUCAUGGCUUUGGUCCGGUGGCAAACUGGGAUGAGGAAGAAGCGGCUCAGUGGCUGUCUGACAACCCAGACUGGGAGCACGCCUACCUUGACCGCGCAGAGCAGCUUGUGGCAAGAUACAGAAACCAUGCAUCCGUUAUCAUCUGGUCGCUGGGCAAUGAGUGCUACUACGGUCGCAAUCAGGCUGCCAUGUACAAGUGGAUCAAGGAGAGCGACCCUACCAGAAUCGUGCACUACGAGCAGGACCGCAAGGCUGAAUCGGCUGAUAUGUACAGUCAAAUGUACUCGAGUCCUGACUCGAUUCGAGAGCAUAUCAAGAACCACACGGAUAAGCCCUUGAUCAUGUGUGAGUAUGCACACGCAAUGGGCAACGGCCCUGGUGGUCUUCAGGAGUACGUCGAGCUCUACCGCUCAGAAGAACUCCUGCAAGGAGGGCUGGUCUGGGAGUGGAACAACCACGGCCUCUUGCACGAGCACAAUGGGACAGAGUUCUAUGCCUACGGUGGUGACUUUGGCGACGAGCCCAACGACGGGGACUUUAUCAUGGAUGGUCUUGUCCUGUCAGACCAUACGCCGACGCCUGCACUGGCUGAGUAUGCCAAGAUCAUCCAACCUGUCAGUGUGAACUUGACAGAGAACGCUGGGCAGAUGACCAUUACCAACUGGUACGAGUUUUCGGACCUGAGUCAUCUACAGCCCCGGUGGCACAUUGUCCGCGGCAGAGAGGCGACAAACCCCCAGGACCUCGACUUGCCGAGGGUGCCUCCUCGUGACAGCCGGACGGUUGACCUGCCCGUGCAUAACAGUAACUCUACUGAGGAGUCGUGGCUUGUGGUUGAGUUCAGCCUCAAGGAGGCCACAUCCUGGGCGCCAGCAGGCCAUGUCGUUGCCUGGGAUCAACUCUAUCUUCCCGGGCCCAAAGCACCAAAAGGUGUGUCUCUGGUCCCUCGCCAGACGACACUGAUGAACAUCACACAAAACGGCCCCAAUUUCAACGUCACCAAUGGUGAUUCCACCUUUGGCUUUGACCUCCUACAGGGCAAUGUCACCUGGAACCUCGACGGCACAAAUCUCCUGCAACGCGGACCCGAGCUCUCCUUUUAUCGCGCCGUGACACAGAACGAUCUCGGAAGCGGCGGCGAUUCCGUCCAGUGGGAGGAGGCGUGGGUUGGAACCAUGGCGACGCACGUCCGCGAUGUGACGUGGCAGACGUCUGGCGAUCAGCUCAUAGUACACUACCAUGUUCGUGUCGCGCCGCUGGUUCUCGAGUGGGGUGUCGAUGCCGACAUCAUUUACACCCUCACCGCGGGUUCUCCCAUCCUCCACAUCCGCGCCAGCGGCGACUUUCAGGGCGAAAAUACACCAGAAACCAUCCCCCGCAUCGGUCUCAUGGCCAUCCUGCCCGAGUCGUUUGACCAAGUCGCGUACUUUGGGCGCGGGCCCGGCGAGAACUACAAGGACUCCAAGCAAGCCGCCCGCAUGGGGACAUACUCGGCCUCCGUGUCUGAUCUCUGGCAGUACUACGACUUUCCCCAGGAGAAUGGGAACCGCGAGGACCUGCGCUGGCUGUCCCUCACGGACGGCGAGCAUACCAUGCACAUCCAGCGGACAGAGUCAGAGGCGUUCAGCUUCACCGCGAGGCGGUUCAUGCCGCAUGACUUGAACGACGCGAGGCAUCCGUAUGAGCUGGAGGAACUGGACUUUACGGUGCUCCAUCUUGAUUAUGACAAUAACGGACUUGGGUCGGCGAGUGUGGGGCCAAGGCCGUUUGAGAAGUAUCGGUGCAAGACGAGGGCUUUUGACUUUGGGUUUGAGUUGCGCGUGCAGUAG